CAACGCGCAGUCGGCUUUCGUAUAUAAGCUCCGGCCCGGUCACUUGGUGGUAUCAGCUGAGGUCCCGACUCAUCUCAACCACUACAGCCAUGUCUCUCAAGGCUCUCCAGGUGUGUGUGCUGGCGUGCGCCGUGGCCGCAGCGGCUGCCGCCCCCGGCUUGCUGGCUGCCCCCGCCGCCCCCGUGGUCGCCGCCGCCGACGUCGAGUUCGACCCGCACCCCCAGUACAACUUCGGGUACAGCGUACAGGACGCGCUGACGGGCGACUCCAAGUCGCAGCAGGAGUCUCGCAGCGGCGACGUCGUGUCCGGCAGCUACUCGCUGGUGGAGCCCGACGGCGCGCUGCGCACCGUCCACUACUCGGCUGACCCCGUCAACGGCUUCAACGCCGUCGUGUACCGCGGCGUCGGCGUCGCGGCGCCCCCGGAGCGCGUCGUGGCCGCCGCUGCCGCCCCCGCAGUCGCUGCCGCCAACGCACUCCUAGCCUAG